AUGGCUUACUUUUCUGAUCUUUCUAAAAAAUGUGAAUUGGACGGAUGUAGAAAUCAUGAUUUUCUUCCAUUUAAAUGUGAAUAUUGCGGUUUAAAUUUUUGCGAAUUUCAUAGAAAAGUUCAAGAACAUACUUGCUCCAGGUUAAAAAAUAUAGAUUUAAAUAAAGUUGUAUUAUGUGAAUACUGCGACCUGGUUCUACCUGAUAAGGAGGAAGAAAUAGAAAAGCAUUUAAUUUAUAAGUGUUCAUAUAAAAAAAAGAAAAGGACCAUAAUUAUAUGUAACAAAAAAGGCUGUAAAACUGUUUUGAAUGACAUUAACAAUUACAUUUGUAAGAAAUGCAAAAAGAACUUUUGCUUGCCUCAUAGAUAUUCUGAUGCACAUGAAUGUGGCAAAGAGUAUACUGAGAAAGGCUUUUUUGAAACAAAACGAACAAAAAAAAUAAGGUUAUUUUAA